CUAGAGAUGCUCGAAGCGUGCAUGCAGUGUCCCGAGAGAAUUUUGGUGUCAGGAAAGGACCAAUAUCUUCAGCUGUUCAAUUUCAGCUUCUACAAUAGCUAGCGUUACGUCAUCCGGCCGCUUGGCAUCAUUCCAGCUCCAUUCAGCUCGUACUGUGCUCAGCCCCAGCCCGCAACUCCACACUCGCACCAUCCUGGCACGGUCUGGAAGUGCUUCGCCAAACACCCAAGCGGCGACUGUUAAUUACCGCAUCCAUCCGCUCGCGUCAACUUCACUGUCCCUCUCGCCCGCUUCACCAAGCCCAAGGGCACCCGCACUCGCAACAAGGCUCCCGGCAAACGUCCAUGUCCACCUAGAGCGCGCCUCCAACCCACCCUCACAAUGAACGGCGGUCUCGUCUUCCUGAUAAUUCUUCUCCUCCUGGUCUCCGCUUCCUACUUCGGCUGGUUCUUCUACGCCCGCUGGAACGCUACACGCAAUGGCCUCCCCCCACCGUCCAUGAACCCACUCGUCGCAUUCCGCUCCUCCAGCGGCGGCGCAUCCAACUACCCUGGCCCCGCAUCCGCCGGCCUCAAAGGCUGGAUCGACGCGCAGGUGUACAAAUUCAAGAACAGGAACAACCGCACCGCAGCGGGCGCGUACGAGGACAGUGCGGGACAGACACGCGGAAGAGGCGGGAGAAUGGAUCCAGACGAAGCCUGGAGCUCGCGUGUGGGCGAUGAGGCCUACUACGAGGAGCAGGAACUGGGUCUCCACGAACCUGCCCACUCAAACGGACCUGCUAGCUCGAACCCCUACGCUUCGACAGAACCAUACAGAGGACGCAGUCGCACGCGUGACUCGUACGACGAGCAUCGCGACGCGAGGAAUCCCUUUGCCGACGACAACGCGGCCAGUCUGCGGGGCGUGAGUCCCAAGCCGGUGGACCACGGCGCCGACACAAGCUACCAUGGUGGCGCCACAGCGCAAAUGCCCCAGGUCAAGAAAACAGCGAGCAUGGAUGAUGCGGGGCCAAGUCCUACCGAUGGUCGAAGAAGCGUUUUCAGGGAGGAGAUGUGAGCGUGGUGCGCUGAUGAGCAGACGCUGAUGAGCUGACGAGCUGAUGAGGAGUGGGCGGUCUUGCUUGUAUUUACGACACGUGAUGCGGUCAAAGGCGUUUGUGUUUCUCAUGAUUAUAUACCUUUUCUUGGCCUCAUGGGGCUGGUGUGCCAUUUACUUCUUCCACACGUGGACUUUGUCCGCUCGAUUGUUGUUCUCGACAAUGUGAGUUUGAUCCCUGGUUGUGACUUGAGCAAAAAAGUUUUACAUAAAUCCCGACCUCAGCUUGAAUUCAAUGAACAUCAUGGCUUACAGGAUUCAAGCCAAAACAUAGGUGUGGGACGGAGGCAGAG